AUGAAGCCAAGUUUCAAUUGUCUCUUCCUCCUCCUCUGUUUCCUACACUGCGUGGCAUCCAGCACGUUGAGGCAGAGAGAUGCGCUGAACAAGUUCUACUUUAACAACAGAGUAGGGAGGUCUUCUUCUUCUUCUUCAUCUUCUUCUUCAUCUUCAUGGGCGAGCAAUCUUCUUUCGGUGUCCGGCCUGAAGUCGAAGGUCUACGACAAUAGCGGGCUGAAGGAGGGGGACAAGGUUGUUCGGCUGCCUGGCCAGCCAGAAGGGGUCAAUUUUGAUAGUACGCGGAGUAUGUCACAGUUGAUAGAGCCAACGGACGGGCUCUAUUUUACUACUUUGUCGAGGCUGCCGAGAAUAGCGAGUCGAUGCCUAUUGUGCUCUGGCUCAAUGGAGUCCAACAACACGUCAAACUACGCCAAGAGUGGAGACCGUAGGACGGCGACCGACGUGCUGGUUUUUCUCGUCAACUGGUUCGAGCGGUUCCCAGAUUAUAAGGGGAGGGACUUCUUCAUCACUGGCGAGAGCUACGCCGACCACUACGUCCCCCAGCUUGCCCACGCCAUACUCCACCACAAAGAUUUCCUCAUCAACCUCAAAGGCAUCGCGAUCGCGAACGUGGUGAUCAACAAGGAGACGGAUAGCAAGGUGACAUUAGACUACUUCUAG